AGUAUCUCCUCUUCCUCAAAAGCAAACCUAACAUACAACAACCUCUGGUUUCCACAGACUUCCUAAGCUUUUUCUUCAUUCGUGGUGUCUUGCAGAAGUGGUGUCCGUUGUUCUUUACUUGUGCAAUUGAGAGUUAAAAAGGAAAAAUCAUGGGAGAUGACAAGUGUGUUUUAGUAAUAAGAGAGUUUGAUCCGAGCAAGGAUUUAACAAGUGUAGAAGAAGUUGAAAAAAGAUGCGAGGUUGGUCCCAGCGGCAAACUCUCUCUCUUUACAGACCUCUUAGGCGACCCUAUUUGCCGGGUCCGCCAUUCCCCUGCUUUUCUCAUGCUGGUGGCUGAGUUAAGCUCCACAAAAGAAAUAGUUGGGAUGAUUCGAGGUUGCAUUAAAACCGUUACAUGCGGCAAAAAGCUUUAUCGCAAUGGCAAAAGCAAUCAUCCCACUAAACCCUUCCCUGUAUACACCAAACUCGCUUACAUUUUAGGCCUUCGGGUCUCCCCUUCCCACCGGAGAAUGGGAAUUGGGUUAAAGCUGGUCCGUGGAAUGGAAGAUUGGUUUGUCCUAAACGGCGCUGAAUAUUCCUACUUAGCAACGGAAAACGACAACAAACCUUCUGUUAAGCUCUUCACUGAUAAAUGCGGUUACUCCAAGUUCCGUACUCCUUCUAUUUUGGUUAACCCCGUUUUCGCACAUCAACUCCCCGUUUCCAAUCGGGUCACUCUAAUCAAGCUUCCGCAGUCCGACGCUGAGUUGCUAUACCGCCGCCGGUUCUCCACCACCGAGUUCUUCCCUCGCGACAUUGACUCGGUUCUUAAUAAUAGACUUAACAUUGGAACCUUUUUGGCCGUGCCACGUGGAGGAUGUUACACGCAAAAAUCUUGGCCCGGGUCGGAUAAGUUUUUAUCAGACCCGCCAGAGUCGUGGGCUGUUUUGAGUGUUUGGAAUAGCAAGGACGUGUUUAGGCUGGAAGUUCGAGGGGCGUCGAGGAUGACGAAGGCGUUGGCUAAAACGACAAGGAUCGUGGACAAGUUAUUGCCGUUUUUUAGAUUACCCUCGAUCCCGGAAGUGUUUAGGCCGUUCGGUUUGCACUUUUUGUACGGAUUGGGAGGGGAAGGUCCACGCGCGGCCAAGUUUGUGAAUGCAUUGUGUGCACACGCGCAUAACUUGGCUAAACAAGGAGGGUGCAGUGUGGUGGCGACUGAGGUGGCGAAUCUUGAGCCGUUGAAAAUCGGGGUCCCACAUUGGAAGAGUUUAUCAUGUGAUCAAGAUUUAUGGUGUAUCAAGCGACUCGGGGAAGACUACAGUGACGGGUCUGUCGGUGACUGGACUAAAUCACCCCCUGGACUUUCCAUAUUUGUAGAUCCCAGAGAAUUCUAAAAUCUAACCCACAAAGAAGAAAAAUAGUAGUCACUCUCUCUCUCGUCUUUCUUUUACAAAUAAUUUUUGGGAAGAUAAAAAGAGGGAAUUAGAAGAUAUGGGUCUUUGUGUGAAAAGGAAAAUGAAUAUCCUCUUCUUGUUUUUGGGCUGUAGAUAUGUUGGUUUUUAGUAAAUGGGAUGUGGCUUUAAAGAUCCUGUAGUAGCCAAACAAAGCCUUAGUUUUAGAAGUGGGGUUGAAUAUCUUUUUAGAGAAUUUUCCUUUUAGUUGUUCCAAUGUUUAAAAACGGUUCUCUCGAUAGGAAUGAGAAGAACGUAUAAUCAGAACAUACAUGAAAUAUAAAUAAAAUAAAAAGGAAUCCUUAUUAUUUUUCAGAA